AAAAUCGAGUUGAAAUUGCCGUUCGAAAUGAGAAGAAAUUGCCUCCCCUCUUCCUUGACUCUGUCUUCUCUCUAUUCUAUUGCCAAACGCCGAGUGGGCUCUCCGCGUCAAUUACCAAUCUCAUCCAAUACAAUAUGCGAUUGAUUAAUGCCUAUUCGAUAUGUUGCAGAGGUUCCUAUAUAUACUCGGCUUCGCUGUUCUUUGGACUUCACCGAUCAGGACUCCCGGUCUCGCUUCGAACAUCGACGGAAUUCUCGCUGCCAUCCCGCAGCCUUCCUGCAGCGAAACCGGGUCGUCCUUCUCUUCGGAGUCCCUCGCCUUUGGGUGUUGCGCAAGGUAAGACCAAAACGCCCGCCUCUUACUCCGUCGUCGGCAGUCAAAGCACCGGCGACUCGGUCCCAUUCCGCCGGGGACGCUCUCCCUCACCCCGACGUGGUCCUUCUCCGGCUCAGACGCGACCGAUGUCUAGCGGCGGCGUGGAGCAGGUUCCGCUGCUCAAGGUGGACAAGGAGGACCCCUACGACGGGGUUAUAGUGAAGAUGGACGAGCCGAUGGACCCGGAGGCCUUCCUCGCCGCUCUCAGAGCUUCGAUUUCGCAAUGGAGGCAGAAGGGGAAGAAGGGCGUGUGGAUCAAGCUGCCCAUUGGACUUUCGAACCUUGUAGACCCCGCUGUUAAGGAAGGGUUUCGGUACCACCAUGCCGAACCGGAUUAUCUCAUGCUUGUACACUGGAUUCCCACCGACAUCCCCAGCACUCUUCCUGCGAAUGCCUCCCAUAGAGUUGGAGUCGGCGGUUUUGUCAUGAAUAGCAAGAGAGAGGUCCUUGUAGUACAGGAGACUAGUGGAAAAUUUAAAGGCACAGGAGUGUGGAAGCUCCCAACUGGAGUUGUCAACGAGGGUGAGGAUAUUUGUACUGCUGCUAUAAGGGAAGUUCAGGAAGAGACUGGAAUAGAGGCCGACUUUGUGGAGAUCUUGGCAUUCAGGCAAAGCCACAAGUCAUUCUACACCAAAUCGGAUUUGUUUUUUGUUUGCCUGCUGCAGCCAAAGUCAUCUGAGAUCGAAAAGCAAAUUGUAGAGAUUGAGGCAGCCCAGUGGAUGCCAAUAGAUGCCUAUGCAGACCAGCCUUUUGUCAAGAAGAAUCAGCAGUUCUCCGCCAUUGCAAAGAUAUGCAUUGAGAGAUCAAAUGAGCAAAUUACGGGUUUCACUCCCAAGGCCGUGACCACAGGCUCAGGCAAGAAGACUUACAUCUACAGCCCGAAGUAACUACAGCAUCAGGUGAAGCAGAAGUCUUUUUCGUAUAGCAUAGUAAAUUAGCAAAUGCUUCUGUACGAGUGUGGCCAAGCUAGGCCAGUUGAGAAUAAACAUGUCCUUGCAUUCAGUACGUGUUCCGUAUAUUCUUCUGUUUGGUGGCUGCAUUGAUCCAUGUCUUAUUACUACUAUUACUUUCCAGAACUCCGAAUGUCUUGUUACUGUUAUGAAAUCAUUUUCCUUACUAUUGCUUUCCAGAACUCCGAAUCACAUAACUAGUAUUGUAUUUGCCAUGA